CCGACACUACACUGGUUUGGUAUUCUUAAAGCUCUUCCACGAGUGUGGUGUGGGACUACUCCACACUGAAAUCCCACAAAAUAUUGGAAUAAUUUUGUAGCUGGAUACCCCUGCCCACAAUCAUCCCCACAUUGAUAAAAAAACAUUGUAAUUAGAGAAAAUAAAGCAUAAAUGGCACGUACACUUUGUAAUGAGAUAAGAAAAGCGACCUAGAUAAAAAAAUCAAAGAGUUUUAAUAGUUUUUACACGCCGCAAUUACAUGUUUACAAGAGUUUAGCUCUACCGCACGGAGUACUGGAACACCACAACAGCGGGCCGCCUGAACCCCUUUGCUCACCUACCUCAUAACCUCAUCAGGUAAGGAUAUAUUAUGUAUUUUAUAUGGGAAUUAUUUUUGUUUCUUAAUAAUAUAAAAAUCAGAUAUGAGAACCUAGGGUGUAAAUUCACUUAUACUGUAUAUAUGGUACCUGCCAGAUAACCGACCAAAGAAGUAUACAUUUUCUUAUUUCGCUCUGUAUAAACAGACAUAAAUAGGUAAGAAAUAGGCCGUACUUCUAAAUCAGUGAUAAAUCCACAGUUUAAUCAGUGUUACUUGCAACCCAGUGCAACAUAACAGACCCACCGUAACUGUCACACUCACUGCAUUUGUCUCUCCAUUUACUAGCUGGUUAAUUGUUACGUUCUUGCAAUUCUGUAUCUAAAUGGUCAUUUUUACUUUAACCCAACCAGCGAUUUUCUGAUGUGCUUUACGAUUACGUGAUACACGUAGUUUUGUAGCUUUUUUCUGUCACAAAUGUGUACUUUUCAAUUUGUGGCUACUACUAUCUCAAACUAUCUUGGGCAACCUGUUGGAAAUCGGGUUUCUUUAGCGAGAAACAUCAAAUCAAUUCCUAAUACUGAUAUAAAAGCUAAGGCAUACAAACCUAACAACUUUAUUAACCUAGUUUAGCUAACCUAACCUAACCUAACUUGAACUGACUUACCCUAAUGAAGUAAUGGCACUUUAGUAAAAAGGAUUUUAACCCGAACCUAACCAAUCUAAUCUAACCUAACAACUUUACCCUAAUUACACUAAAAGAUGGAAGGAUAAAAUUUACUCUGUAGGUAGCCUGUAGUGGAAAUUCACGGUCAUGGAUUUUCUCUAUGUAUAGUGGAUACAACCACAAAAGUAGUGAAUUGAUGGGGGUUCAUUAUUGGUAAAGCUGGUCUGGUUUGCAGAAUGCUGCUCCACCCAUAAACCCAAAUUUUUAUCUAACCUAUGCUAAAUAACCUAACCCUCCUUUUUUUACUUGCAGAGAGCAAAAAACCCUAGCCUAAGCUUACCAUACCUCACCUCACCCCAAAUAAAACCACCAACUUUUAAAAAUAUGUUUCCAUAUCUACGGGCUCAAGACUGAGUGCAUCAGCAUGCUCCAAGAAGGAUUUUGAGAGACCGUAUGGACCCCUUUCAUUGCCACACUGAAGAAGACUGUCUGACUGUCUUGAGAUAUCUCAACCUGCUGUGUCUCGAUGCAUCAGUCGUGUAUCUAAAGCAGUUGGAAUGCUUGGCCAUCAAAUCAUCAAGAUGCCAGCACCUAAUGAAACCCUGCAGGUGAUGGAGCACUUUGAAAACAUUGCUGACAUGCCUGGAAUCAUAGGUUGUAUAGAUUGCACACAUAUCCAGAUAACUAAACCUCCAGGAGAUCGUUCAGAGACAUUCCGGAACAGGAAAGGAAAGUUCUCUAUAAAUGUGCAGGCAGUUUGUGGACCACAAUUACAGUUUUUCAAUAUAGUAGCAAAAUGGCCCGGUAGUGCACAUGACAGCAACAUCUUUAAUAGAAGUCGUUUGUGUGCGGAGAUGGAGGAAGGAAUACACAGAGGUAUAUUGCUAAGUGAUGCAGGCUAUGCUUGCAGAAAUUUUUUGUUCACACCUCUCAGAAACCCACAGAGUGUUGAGGAGCGCAGGUACAACACAGCUCAGGUCAAAACCAGAAAUUGUAUAGAGAGAGCUUUUGGUGUUUUGAAGAGGCGUUUUGCUUGUCUUGGUAAAACUUUGUGCAUCAGUCUGGACAACACCUUAGCAGUCAUUGUUGUAGCAGCUGUGCUACACAACAUAGCCAUUCAAGAAAAUAUUCCCCUGCCAGAUGAACCUGAAAUGGAUCAAAACCAUGAUCAUGAGGCAGAAAAUUACCCUGAAAUGCAGGCUCAGGUAAAUGGUAAUGUUGCAAGGCAGCGAUACAUAAGAGAAUAUUUUUAACACUGUUCUCGUGAUCAAAUGAUGUAAUGUACAAGUGCACAAAAUGGAAAUGAAUGUACUGUCCUUCAGUAACUACACUGGUUUGAUUUAUAAAAAAACUUUGAUUGAUAAAAUAUUUAUUAAAUCCUUUAUGAGUAACACAACAAAUGAAUUAAUCACUAUAAAAUAAAUAAAUAAAUAUUUCCAUAAAUUCUUUGAAGAUCUGUUUGUCCUUAAUUCUAACCACAGCCAACAUGACAUAGCAGACAAUGAAUGUUCAGGUACCAUUUUUUUUUUUUAA